AUGAUACGCCUACUAGACGCAACCACUCACUCCAUCGCUUCCUACCUCGAUCCACCCUCCUACGCCAUUAUCUCCCAUGUCUGGCUCCCCCCCGAAAUCAUCCACACCGACAUUAUCGACCCAUCCAUCCCGCUCUCCACAUUCACCAACCCCUCUCACCCCAAACGCAUCAGUGCCGCAAAAAUCCUCAACUCAUGUAAUACCCUCGUCCGUCUCUACAACGGCAGAGUCAAGCACCUCUGGCUUGACACAAUAUGUAUUGAUAAAAGGGACCUAACAGAACUGUCGACAGCGAUAAAUUCAAUGUACAAGUGGUAUAAGUAUGCGGAGGUCUGUUUCGUGUAUUUAGCGGAUUAUCCCUCCCCUUCCGUCAGCGACUUCACGCACUCCAAAUGGUUUACGAGAGGCUGGACACUGCAGGAAUUCAUCGCCCCCAAGUCCGUCCUCUUCUUCGACGCAUCCUGGAACCGGAUUGGCGAUAGAGAUACUUUGCAAUCCGACCUCACGGCACGGACGAGCAUCCCGGCGGAAGUCCUGCUCGGGAGCAGGAACGUGGGAUGGGCGAGUGUGAGCUGCCGGAUGUCGUGGGCCGCGGGAAGGACAGUGACUGUUGAGGAGGAUAUUGCGUAUUGUCUGCUCGGUCUUUUUGGCGUCAACAUGCCGCUGCUAUAUGGAGAGGGGGCAGAGAGGGCGUUUCGAAGGUUGCAGGAGGAGAUUAUGCGGUAUAGUGAUGAUCAUUCAUUGUUCGCGUGGAAGAGCCAAAAUGCGGGUUCAUUUAUUCGUGGACCGCGUGGGGUCGAUGUAUUAUCAUCGGGCUCAGGGUUGUUGGCAGCCUCACCCGAUUACUUCGCCAGCACCAGAGAAUUCAAGCACGCGCCAAGUCGGGAGAACAACCGCCCCUUUGCGGUAACGAACAAGGGAAUCUACAUUGAUCUCUAUCUCCAGCGGUAUGGGCAUGAGGGACUGUAUGUGGCGAGUAUAGAGUUUUUGGAGAGCGAGGCCUGA